AAGAUCCUUCUUUUAUUUAUUUACAACACGCGUUCGUUGGUUCGGUGCUGCACACAAAGCAUCGAAAAUAACGAAAAUCUUCUAGAAAACUACGUAAAAUGAGGAUAGAAACGUGUUAUUUCUGUUCCAGUAAAAUCUUUCCGGGUCACGGAAUGGUUUUUGUUCGGAAUGAUUGCAAGAUUUUCCGAUUUUGUCGCUCUAAAUGUCGCCGUGCAUUUAACAAAAAGAAGAACCCGAGAAAGAUUCGCUGGACCAAAGCCUACAGGAAGACACACGGAAAGGAACUUACAAUUGAUCCGGCAUUCGAGUUCGAAAAGCGUCGCAACGUUCCGGUCAAAUACAACCGGGAAUUGUGGAGCAAAACAUUGGACGCCAUUAAGAAGAUUACGGAAAUUAAGGAACGUCGCGAAAGGCAUUUUGUCAUGGAACGACUACGAAAGGCGCGGGAUCACGAAAUUCACAACGAUAUCGUGGACGUGCAGAAGAAUAUCGCGCUGAUCCGGUCUCCGGCUAUUGGACUGAAGGAACGGCGAGCUAAAGAGGAAGCACAACAGUCGGCCCUGCUGAUGGACGUGGAGGAAGAUGAGGAACAGAUCGAGUAUGUCGAUGCUCGCCAGCUGGAGAAACAACUGGAGGAGUCUUCCGCCCAGCUAGAGCAGGACGCAGAAAUGAUGAAGGCUUGAGCAGGGGGAUUGGUUAAAUUGUAAGUUAGUUGGAAUCACUUUUCAUUCACUGUUGGUGAGGACGAAAAUGAAACAGAAUGUACAUUAGCAGUGUAGUUGCCUGUUGUAAUACUGAACAUAAAGAAAGUAUCCGUUUCUGUAUCAA